AUGGAUUUCUACUACCAUCCCGCUUCGCCGGCCUGCCGCUCGGUGAUGCUAGUAGCAAAGGCGCUCAAUCUGCAGCUCAACCUAAAGUUUGUCGAUCUCAUGACGGAAGAAAACCUUAAGCCAAACUUUGUCGCGAUUAAUCCACUGCACUGCGUACCGACGCUGGUCGACAACGACCUAACGCUCUGGGAGUCACGUGCCAUCCUCGUCUAUCUCGUGGACAAGUACGGCCGAACCAACAGUCGCCUCUACCCGAAGGAUCCGAAGACGCGUGCCACCAUCAACCAGCGGCUCUUCUUCGACCUCGGUACGUUGGGCGCACGCUUUGAGGACUACUACUAUCCGCUGUACUUCGAGGGGGCACCGGCCGACGAGGAAAAGAUAGCCAAGAUCGAGGAAGCGCUGGGUGUGCUGAACGGAUAUCUCACGGUGAACCCAUACGCGGCCGGGCCAAACAUGACGCUGGCCGAUUAUAGUCUGGUUGCGACGGUAUCGUCACUUGAAGCGGUACAGUACGAUCUGGCGAAGUUCCCAUCGGUCGCGGCUUGGUAUGAGGGAUGCAAAGCGUCCAUGGCCGACUACGAGGAGAUUAAUGGAGAAGGAAUGCGUCAGUACCGGGCGUACUUUGAGUCGGGUUUGGCUGGCUAG